AUGUCUAUUCAAACCAUGUAUAUCGAAAAACCGAUAUAUAAUAAAGAAACAAUUACCUCAAAGCCCAAAAGUAUUAGUUUUACUUCCAUUUUGGACCAGAUCCUAAAAAAAUAUAACUUGUCCGCUGAAUCCAACCCAUCUCAAUUACGCGAAUAUACUAGUGAGCUCGAAGAUCAGAUAAAGGCUCUUGUACCGGAUAAAAGAAAUGAAAAACUUACUAUUAGGGAGAGAGCUCAAUAUUGCGCUAAAAGUGGUAAUCCAUAUGAUAUUUACUUACAUGCUUUAGAUUUAAUCAAGACAAAAAACGAUAGUGAUGAAGAAAUUGUUGCAUCCAGCUCACAUCUUACAUUAUUUCAUAAGGAAUUGAAAGAAGCUGGAGUUGAUCCUGAAAAAAUUGAUAAAUAUGCUAAAUUUCCAGAACUUACUCAAGCUUCUAACGAAAUUCAGAAAAAACAACUUGUACAACUAUUAAUUAAUCCAUUUAGAACUCCUAAUACUCCUAAACAUUUCUCCUUAGAUGAGGGACUUAGAAGAAUUCAAAAUAUCAAUACUACUAAAAUUCCAACUAUGCAGGAUCUUGCAGACGUAAUUAUGAUGUUAAGCAUGAGACCUGCUGAAGUUACUACUCUUCGUAUUAUCCAUUAUGAAGAAGCCAAGCUUCGAGUCUCCAACUCACCUGAUGAAUCAGACCUUCCAGAAUGGUACAAACCCGAUUAUUCUUGGUAUUGUACAGGAUAUAUUAAGAAUAAGGGAGAAAAGAAGAAUCCAGAGUGUGCAAGAGAAUUACUUACUUGGAUUCAAGAUGCCAUAUCGAUGAAAAAGUUACGUCAUCCUGUAUAUAGUGAUAAUGGAAAACGUAAUAUCAGAGCUUUUGCCAAAUUUUCAAAGCAAUAUAAUAUUACAGCCAAAAGAUUGAGAAAAAUAGGAGGCAAGCAUGCUUCUAGAGUGCACGGUGGCCAAAAUCCAACGACCCAAAGUCUUAAUUUACUUGCUAGAAUUUUGAUGAGACACAAGAUAGACC